AUGUCAGUAAACCCCGAGGAACGUUUCUUGAACUUUCAUAUGAACCGCCAGCUCCAUGCGUUUUCCAUUUUAAUCCUCAAUUUUCCAACGAAUAAUGAACAGAAAUUGAUAAUCGUGAAUGGUAAUUUAUUUAAGAACAGUAACGAAGAGUCGAACAAUUCUGUGAGAAUUGACAUUGAUAAACCCUUGUGGGAUUUGAACACUUACUAUGGACGUUGGCGGCAUUUCGUCUUCAUCAUGGACAUGCGGACGAUAUUUGUAUCUGAAAGGAAGCUAUGGGAGGCUAAAAAGCUCUGUGAUCUAUACAAGGAGAAAAAGGAGCCACAGUGGGUAACAGAAGCCGAUAUAAGGUGGGCUAAAAAAUUGAGAGACAGUUCCUUUCAUCCAGAUACGGGUCAACCAUUGAAUUUAAUCGAAAUUAACGCUUGGGAAAGGGCAGAAACUUCUCGUUCAAUGGUAGCUUGGCAGAUCCUCAAUCAAGCCUUCAAUGCAGCCGUUAAUUAUAUGAACCAGCCGACCUCCCGCAUACCACAAGACCCUGAAACAUUGAAACAAGCCUUCAUUGGUGCAACAUUUGCCAGCUGCAUAAUUGCCAUUGGUUUUAACCAUUUUUUUGCCACCCGUGGGCCCCUCAUCGCCAAAUGGUCGCCAUUCUUCGCUGUUGCGGCAGGAAAUGCAGUUAGCUUGCCGAUAAUGAGAAAAAGAGAAAUUGAAACAGGCAUUCCCCUAUUUCACAAUGAUCCAACGAACCCCCAAGUUAUGAACUCAAGAGUAGCAGCGGUCAAAGCUAUCUCAGAGUGUACUCUGUCUAGAAUUAUUAUGGCAGCACCUGGUAUGCUGCUCAUACCAGUAAUAAUAAAAAAAAUUCAACUACUGAGUUUUUAUCAGCGCAGAGCGUGGCUCGGCUCACCAUCAGAAGCUAUCCUCGUUAAAUUCUUUCUCUUAUUCAUGAUUCCGUCAGCCCUGGCGAUAUAUCCCGAGACUCAUUCAUUAAGCUCAAAUCUCCUGAGACUAUCUCGGCGAGAGUACGAAGAAUUCCAAACUGUGUUUAAAGAAAACCCAGACAGACUUUACUACCACAAAGGAUUAUGA